AUGGUUGCUUUGUUGGUGGUGAUGUCUUCGUCCUGGUAUGAAGCAACGACCUGUCCUCGGUGGGUGAAAUUAAACAAGUCGCCCGUCUGCUUUGGCGCGAAGGGGAACCAGUUUGGCCGUUUUUCUUACCAUCGAAACACUUUCGUGAGUUCGUUCAUGCUUGUGCACCGCUCGGGAAAGGUGACGUGUAACAAAAGCCAGUACAGCUACUGGGGAUGUGCUCCUGAUGCAAACGAUUUUGGUGUCCUGUUGACCGAUCAGAACAACAAGAUACUGGCUCCAGAGGCAUCAACCGUUAGCAAGGGUGGAUGGUACAAUCUGGCCGGAUACAGCCCCUCCUCCGCGGUCCUUGUGUUCUGCGCCAAAAAGAAGGCUCAGUGUGUCUUUGCUAACAACGAGCUGCGUCUGUGGUAUGGCGAAGAUUUGCGCGGCCCUGCCAGCGAGAGCGACAAUGGGGGCAAGACCUGCGCAGAUGUAUAUGGUCUGUUUGCUUAA